AUGGCCAACAUCACCCUCUACAACGCCUCCAUCCCCCAGUUCAAAACCGGCCUUACCGUCCUCUCCCGCAUCCUCACCAAAGCAGCCCUCCACUUCCCCAACUCCCCCGACUCCAUCCUAACCGCCACGCUCAUCGAGCUUUAUCCACUACGCGCUGUUGAGCGCGUCAACAACCAACAGAAAGCUUCUGGCUAUAACAUUCAACAACUAUGGACAUCGGAUAAGCACAAGUUACCGGAACAACUGUCUGCUAUCAGUACCAUAAUCGUCGACAUUGACGGAAUUCUGCUGUGUGAGACCGCUUCGAUCUAUACUCUCAGAGACACUCAUCAUAACAUCUACGGCUGA